AUGAAUCACUUGCUUAUAAAGUGCGAAGAUCAACAAGCCUUGAAUGGUAUAAACAUACCUAAAUAGAUUUCUUUAUUCCUAGACCAUAAGUAAUUGUUGACUAUAUUAUAGUCACACAGUGAAAUAUUUACAAAAAGAAGCCUUGAUAAUACAAAAAUUUUUGAAGGCCUUACACAAUUUAUAAGUAGCUUAAAGCCAAUCCCACAAUACUCCUAAAUAUCCUUUUGUCAUUUUUAUUUCUUAUAAUUAAUUUGUGGUAUAUUCUAUUCUAUCUUUUUAAUAGGUUCAUUUUGGAAAAACACAAUUAGAUAUAAAUAACAUGUUUAGAUUUAGCUUUUAUCCUUAGAGCUAGCUAAUUCCAUAGUAUAAUUAAGUAAACUCCUAAUUUCCAAAGAUAAAACUUCAAAUUUAUAAGAGAAGAGAAGUAAGAUUAAUGUAGGAUUAGAAGGACACGAAGAAUAUUCCAAAAAAUUAUUGUAAAAGCAUAAUAACUUUUGCAUGUAAGAAUUAAUAAAAUUUAUGCAUUGAAAUUUUAAAAGAAUAACUGAAAGUUGUAAAAUUUAUAGAUAAGAUUUCUCAAUAUAAAAAAAAGUAACUAAAUAUUAGGGUUUUCAGUACUUUAUUAUAAAAAUCUGAAGAUCCUGAGGAAGAAGAAUAUAGAAGAGCAUUUAGAAUAAUUAGGUAUAAUUGUAGAAGUAUUAGUAGUCAAAUUUUUAUAAAGAAAUAGGCCAUUAAUUAUAUAUUUAAUUCCAAAAUUGUUUAACAUAAUUGGCACAUGAAAUACAGAUAUUAAAUAUAUAAAGGUAUCAAGAAUCCUCAAAAUUUCACUCACGUAAAGAAUUUAUGA